AUGAAUAUGAGUUGUACAUUUCGCCUGAGCAAGUUUUACCUUGCUCGAGGAGGUAUCGAUGCGUUCGAUGGACGAACAGACGGGAACUGCCAGGCCGGGCCACCUACAAGUAUGCUUACUGAGGGUGGGAAAUCAGUGAGCCUAUUAAUGAACCAGAGCCGUCCUCGAGGUUUUUGCAGGGUUCCGACUGUUCAGCAGGUACCUACAAAAUACGAACUGGAGGAGCAAAAGACUAGGCCGGUACAGACAGACGUUAACAAAUCCAUGGAGAAGGACCAUGGCACCAUAUGGAUGGGAGGAAGGUUGCCGUUCGACAACCUAUCCCUUUCCUAA